ACGAGGACUACGGCCAAGUAACGUGAUUUUAUUGAAAUUUGCGCCUCUUCAGUCACAGGGACUGAGAUUUAUCAGAGAAAUGCUGAAGUUUAGAAGUCAUUUAACUUUGUUUAAAGUCUCCUUGGAGGAGAAAAGAGACCGGGGUUACCGUAGGUGAAGGAAACCGUUAACCUAAGUUCGGAGGCUGCGUGCAGACAUUGAAGCGGUUAAAAUCGCCUCACAGGCGCCGACUGAAACUCUUACCACGACAAAAUCAACACAACCUGGUUUUCUGCAUGAAGAGAAGUGAAUUGAAGAUGCUGGUUUCCUGUUUCCUCUACAAAGGUUUGAUUCAUCUCUCCUAAAGCAUUAUGUUCAACAUCGCACAUGUCAAACCUCGCUCAAGAAAUGACUUCACCGAAGACUGUACGAGAAUGGUGCCGUCUCACCUGCGCCAGGUACCCCGACGUGGAGAUCAAGAACAUGUCAACGUCGUUCAGGGAUGGACUGGCUUUCUGUGCCAUCAUCCACAGACACAGACCUGACCUCAUAGAUUUCAGCUCGCUGUCCAAAGAUAACAUUUAUCAAAAUAACAAACUGGCAUUUGAGAUCGCAGAAACAAAGCUGGGGAUCCCUGUGUUACUGGACCCAAACGAUCUGGUGUCUAAUGAAGUGCCUGAUUGUCUGAGCAUCAUCACCUAUGUCUACCAGUACUAUCACUUCUUCAACAGAAAAUCCUACGCAGGUCCUGCGAGUUUAAAGUCAUCACAUGUCUCCAUCUUAAACAGUCUCACAAGGAGUAAAAGCUCUGGUGGUCUGAAACCUCGUAAGAGCCAGUCUGAUCUAAAAAUCAGUGGAGAAGAUCAUUUGUCCACCGCGAGGGCCUUCAAAGUGUGCAGCUUGUGUUUUAAGCCUGUCCACCUCAUUCAGAGACAUCUGAUUGACGGAAAGAUCUACCAUCGCAGCUGUUUCAGGUGCCAACUCUGCCACAGCAAUCUUUUAUCGGGCUCCUACACAAAGGGAAGUGAUGCUGGUUUCUUGUUCUGCAAUCAUCAUUUAACAGAAAGUAAAACUACUCAGGUUGACCUCAAUCAGAGGAUUGGAUGUUCUGAAACUCAACCUGAAUGUAAGUUUGAGGAAGUUUGUUUGUCUCUGGGGGGGUCGCCAAUCCUCAGCGUCCCUUAUUACACUAAAAAAACAGAGUCACAAGACAGACUGGUUUGUCAAACAGAAGUAAAGGUGAAAGAAAAGGAAAAUAGAGACAUCACUGUUGGACUGAAGAGAGUAGUGAAGAAGCCAGCGCGUCUCCAUCGUCCUCCUUCCAGUGUUCAACACAGCAGGGCUGCAGAAUCUGUAGUCAUCCCUGCAGAGAGCAUCUCACAACAAGAGGAGAAACAGACUCAGGAGCUCUCUGAGCUCUUCCCAGCCUGUGCACGAGUAACAGAAGGACAGAGCCGUCCAGUCCCAGCUCCCAGACGAAUGCUGGACCCCUCAGCAGUCCCUGUUCCUGCAGCCAGGAACAAAACACCCCAAGCAGAUGGAGCCACAGCUGCAGAAAAUGAAAAAAGCAACCAAGACAAAAGUUCACCUUCAUCAUCACACAUCAGCAGCAGCCCCUCCAGCUCCAAUGGAAGCCCUAAAGUGAUAACAAACCAUCCAUGGCUGAACAUCAUCCACCCUGGACCCUGGACACAGCUGCCUCCGGCUCCAGCUCCUAUACCCACUCCUCGAUCCAAAUUCAGCCAAAGGUGCAAACCGAGAUUCUUUCCUCCCAACCCGUUUGCAGAAGAUGUUGAUGCAGAAACCAAAACCGAGCGCAAAACAGUGGCGGCUGCACCGUCAGGGAACAGUGGCAGCAGAGACAUCACGUCUCCAAAUCCUUUUGCAGAAGAUUUUGAGAAGGAACCCAAAACAGAGAGGACAGAUGUAACGACGCUUGCUGUGGCAGCCAUUCAUUUAGAGAACAAAGAUGAUGUUUCUCUGAAUCCUUUUGCAGAGGAUAUGGACGAGGACACGAAAACUGAGAGUGCAGAAAAAACUAUGCUUGCAGUGGAUUUGACAGACAGUAGCAAUGUGAUGGAUAAACCUGGAAACAGAGAUCUUGGUUCUUUAAAUCCAUUUGCUGAAGAUAUGGAUGAGAAUAUUCCAGAUGAGGGGGCGAAACCAGCUGGAUUGAACCAAACUAAGCCUGCAGUUGCAGCUGUAUCUUUAGGAGGCUGUAGUGAUGUUGCCAGUAAAUCAGAAGACAAAGAUCUUGGCUCUCUUAAUCCAUUCGCAGAGUAUUUGGAUGAGCAAACGUUGGACGAGGCCCCAAAGCCAGACGAUGCAAACUUAAUUAAGCUUUCAGAUCCAGCUGUGCAGACAACAAAUACUGAGCAUGUGAUGGAUAACUCAAGGAGUAAGGAUGCUGUCAUUUGUUCAGCUGAUGUUGGAGAAACAGCCCUUACAUCUGAGAAAAAGGACGCUCCUGAUGCCAUUUACGUCCCAGCAGAGGGAGCAAUCGCCAUUAUGUUGACAGCGCAAACAAGUCAGCCAGUUAAAGAAUCAAACCAGGCUGGCGUGACAGUUUUACAUGAAUCUGCAAACAUGGGAGGUUCUCUUCAAAACGUGAACGAAGCAGCAGCUUGGCCUCAUGCAGCUCCAGAUGGAGCACAGACUUACAUUUUACCCAGAAGCCUCUCUGUGCCGGCGAUCACCCACUGUCAGUACACUGCUCUCCCCUCCUCAUCUCAAAGUCAGGUGGUCUGCAAAGAGAACCCUUUUGAUCGUAAACCUGUGAUGCGCAAAUCGAAGACUUUUCAGUCCCUCCCAUCCAGACGAGGCCCCGCUCCUGGACAUGGAUUCCCUCUAAUUAGAAGAAAGGUGCAGACAGACCAGAAUAUUUCCACAGAAGAUCUGCGGGUGGAGAUGAGAGAGCUGGAUAAACAUCUGCAGACACUGGAACAAAGAGGAAUCCAACUGGAGAGAAAUCUGAGAGUCUGCAAGAAUGAUAAAGAGGAGGAACAGAUGCUGACUGAGUGGUUCUCUCUUGUCCAUGAGAGAAACGCUCUGGUACGCAGAGAUACAGAGCUAGUUUAUCUUGCAAAGCAGCAAAAGUUAGAGGAGAGACAGGCUGACGUGGAGUUCAGACUCAGAUGUCUCCUAAAUAAACCAGAGGGAGAGUGGAGUGACGAAGAUCGAAGUGAAGAGCAACAGCUGAUGAAUGAGCUGGUCGCCAUCAUCGAUGAGAGGAACCAGAUCAUCAGCAGCUUGGAUGAGGACAGGCUCAGGGAAAGAGAAGAAGACAUGCUUCUGGAUGACAUGAUGAAGGACAAAGAGCUUCAGAAAGAAGGACUCAAAGAGCUGAAGAAGUCCAGAGGCAAGUUCAAGCCCACCAAAGUUUUUAAGAUGCUGAACCAUAAAACAGACGACACAAAGGACGGCGUGGAAAGAAAGAGCUGAUAAAAUACAGAGACUCGUUCAAACAAGCUCUUCUGUUUUAAACAUGUUCAUAGUUUUGUUUGAAAUGAUCUGGGUCUGAAAUCAUAUACUAAUUUUAUAAAAUACAGCCCUGAAUUAUUAACAACAUGAAUCAUUUUCUUUGUUUACAUGUUAGUGUCAGUGUACAGUAUGUUUUCCUUUCAGUGUUCUUCUCUAAUCUCCUAUGCAAUCACUUUUUUAGUCCUCUAUUUUAUACUGUUUCAUACUUGAAUAACUUGAGGUAUGCAUAUGCAAAAAAUAUGGUGCAAAGUUGUAUAUCUUGUCCUUUUUGAUUUAGUAUUUUUUUUAUUUACAUUUGCUUUAUUAGGAGCUGAGUAUCUGCUUUGUUUACAAGUGCAUUUAAAUUCACUCAAUUGCAUAUAAAAGCACAAAAACAACAAACUCCUCUUGUGAUUUGAUUAAUAAAAAUAAC